AUGGAGUCCCUGGUUGAAGAACUGACCUGUCCGGUCUGCCUGGAGCUGUACGAACAGCCGGUUCUCCUGCCCUGCGCACACAGCCUGUGUAAGAGGUGCGCUGGUGAAGUUUUUGCUGAGGCGGCAAGAAAACCGCCUCCGCAACCAGCUGAGCAAGGGGCGGCCAAGCAGGUUCAGUGCCCCAGUUGCAGGCAUAAGUUCCAGCUUCCCGAACUCGGGGUGGAAGGACUCCGCCGGAACACCACGCUACAGAACAUCGUGGACCGCUACAGGGAGGCAAAGAACAACACAGCGGCCCCCAAGGCGGUUCCCUGUCAGAUGUGCGACCUGGAACCGCCGGCUGAGGCUGUGAAAACCUGCCUGGUCUGCGACAACUCCUACUGCGAAACGUGUUUGACGACUUUUCAUCCGAUGAAGGGAGGCCUGGCCAGGCACACGCUGACUGAACCAUCGGCAGCAGCUCCUAAAGUACUGAUGUGUACUGAACAUGUCCAAGAGAAGGUGAACAUGUACUGUGCGACAGACCAGAGUCUAGUCUGCUCUUUGUGCAAACUGGUCGGAAAACACAAGGACCACGAGGUCGCCGCAGUGUCUCUAUUGGUGGACGUGUCGCCGGCCUGA